CCCCCACUCCCCUCCCAGAGCUGGGGAGAGAACCCAGGAGUCCUGGCUCCCCGCCCCCGCUGUGGAAAGAACCCAGGAGUCCGGGCUCCCCAGAGGCCCCACCCCCUGCCCAAUCCCGUCCUUCCUGAAACGCGACCAGCUGCUGGAUUCUCCCAUCUAGGGCUGGGCGCGGAGCCUCUCCCGUCCCUGCCACGCUCCCGGCCCGCCGCUCCCCCACGCUUAGGGGGUACUCGGUGCCCGGGGACCCCGCUGCGAGGCCGGACGGAGCAGCCAUGGAGCGAGAUUUCCCGGGGACCCCCCCGCCCCCAGCAGGGGGACUCGUGAUACCGGGGUGACCCAGCAUUGAGGAUGGGAGCCUGAAACAAACCAGCUGCUGUAUCUUGCACGGGAUUUCGGGGGGUUCCUGCCCCAGAGAGUCAGGGGAGUGAAAUUGGUGAAGAUCGGUAUUUUUCCAAGGGUCACUGUUUCGUGGGGGGCGGACAAUUCUUGCCGGCGGAAGAGACACGUUGGGGUGGAUUGAACCAGCCGGUGUACGUUUUGUGGGGGGGCAGCAUUUUGGGGUGAAUUAGCACCAUUUCUAGUGGAUACAACUCAGGGGCUGAAAUUAACAAGGAGCCAUAUUUUGGGGAGUGUCCGAGCUCUGCCCCCAGCCCAGAGAAUUCGGGGGUGAAAUCAACAAGGAUUUGUCUCUGUUGGUGGAAAGGAUAUUUUGGGGUUCUGUUAGCCCUGGCGCCGGUGGAUAGAAUUGGACCUCGACAACACACAUCCCGACUGGCUGAGGGACCAGUAUUUUGGGGCAAAGGACCCCAGGCCCAGCAGAGACGACUGAGGGAGAUUCAGAUUUUUGGGUGACAGCAGCUGGCAGCGGGACUGAAGUUAACCCCGACACAGAGGAAAUUCGUGGCUAUUGUGGGGUGAAGGGUCCCUGAUACUGCAAAAUCGAGGAGCUGGCGUCUGGUUCUGGGGAGCAGCACGGGACCCUGAACUAACCAGGUGUUUGUGGAAGGCGGCUUUAGAGGGGAAAACGCCCCAGAGAGAGUUUCAGGGAGGCCGGUGCGUUGGAGAGGGGAGCUGGCUGGUCCCCCAAGGUCUGGACCCCCUCACUGCUCCCUCCGCCCCCCCACUCCAGUGCUGAUUUUAUUUGGGGUGCUGGAUUUUCGUUGGUUUCCCCCAUGUCCCUAACCAGAGCCAAGGCCUGGCUGACAAAACUGCGCUGGGGGGGGCCCGAGGCAGGACAAGAGGGCAGGCCGACAGAGGCCCCCCGGAAAUCCCAGCGGUGGGGCGCCCGGCGCCUCCUGGCUCUGAUCGGAUGGGGACGCGCCGGGGACCCGGGACCCGCCCCAGGAGAGGGCCUCUUCUCUAGGGUCUCCCAGGUCCCUCAGUAUCUGUCCCCCCACCAGCCGCCGGCCGACAUCCCGGAGCAUUUCCAGAUCUGUUUCAACUUCGCCCGGCACCUCUUUGACCUCUGCGUGGUGACUCUGCUCUGCGCCUGCUCCCCGGCUUUCCGGCUGCUCCUGGAUAUUUUGGGGUUCAGGGGGCCCCUGAAAGUCUGGCUCCACGGACUGGCCACCUUCCUUGUCACCACCUACGGGAUGUACCUGGCCCUGUGGCUGGUCCAGAAAUACCUGCUGCAGUUCGCCUGCCUCUACGGCUUCCUGCAGACGCUGGUGCUGUGCGUGAGCAUCCGGGCCGCCGAGGAGGAGGGGGAGAGCGGGGGCGGCCCGGGGGGUGUGGACCCCAGCGGUGGGGCAGAGGCAGAGAGGACGGAGUGACAGCCCCACCCCUCCGCCUCGCACCUCAGCAAUAAACCUCAGAGUCACCAGCGCCUGGGUGUGCGUGCGAGGACCGAGCUCCGCCCACCUUCCACGCGGAGACACGAGACUCCACCCCCCGGCACUACGGGGGUGAGGGCACCAGGACUUAGCCCCGCCCCCCUUGGGUACAGAGACACGAGACUCCGCCCCCAGGCACUUGUGCGAGGGGGUGGGGGACUGGCUGGCUCAGGAGUUUGGGGGGGUGUGUGGGGGAUCAGAACCACUACAGGGAAGGAACCAAUCAGAACCGCUGGGAUCCAGCCAAGCUGCAAGUGGAUCUGCGGCGGGGGGGGCGGGGAGGAAGCGGAUCGGAACCGCUCCGGGUCAGGGAGGGCGAGGGG